UUUGCUUAUGUUGGAUCGGUGAAAAAAUACAGGGUUAAUUAAGUUUGCAAAGAAGGUAAGAUCUUUUUAUUUAAAUAGCGUUUAAAAUACUCCAGAAAAUUAUAACAUCGUAUUUAAAAUAGGAAACACCGUUUUAUACAUGUGCUCCAUGUCAAAUGCAUUGAAGAAGCAUAGACUUAGCAUGUUUAUUGGGAGCUCUUGAAUUUCAUAAUGGUACAUGAGAAGCUACACGUAACACAUUUUAUAGGUUAUGGCGGAAUUGUGGAUUAACACGAUGAACAAGCGCUUCGUUCAUUUUCUUGCCUUUUCUUAGAUUUAAAUAUUAUCAAGAAAAGUAAGCCAGUACAUUAUUAUGUAGCCUACGACUGGUUUGUUGAGUGUUUGGAAAACAGCUGAAAAUGGCAGUAGCCUACUACUAUUCGAAAGGACAAUAUGAGACAUUCAAGUUUACCCUUCAAUAAUUAACUUGCCGUUGAGGCAUUACAAAUCCCACAUGGUCUUGUCAUGAUUGUGUAGUGGAGGAGGAUGAGUCUACACUGUUGCAAUGUUAACUCAGAAAGUGAAAAGUUAAGGCCAGGGCAACCUGCUUUGCCUUAGAUAUGUUGCAUUAAAUCCAUUAGAAUCUAGCCUGCAGCACUGGAAGGCAUUAAUAAUUCACAAUUUACGAAUCAAACCAGGUUUCCAGAGUUGCACUACAAGCUAAAAUGAAUAUCUCAGUCCAAAUGUACAACAAUAUGACACUGGCGUAAUAUUUGUAUAUAUCUCCACCCUAUCCCGUUUAUUAGAGGAUAAGUCUGAAUUUAUUGGUUUAUUAGUUUUGAUUUAGAAAAACUAUUGUUAUGAUUAUUGAUUAAUAUAGGCUGUUUAAUUAUCCUAUAAAACACACAACACUCAGUGGCAAUUUCAUUAGUUAGCCUACACCUGCUCGAGUCUGUUCCUCCCAACAAGACUGUGGCUGCAACUCAAUAUAUAAAGCACGCGUACAUGGUGAAGAGGUUUGGUUGUUGUUCGACCAAACAUUACAAAUUGCCAAGACACGUGAUCGAAGCAACUUUGACCGUGGUAUGAUUGUUAGUGCCAGAUGUGGUGGUUCUAGCAUCUCAGAAACAGCUGCCCUCCUGGGAUUUUCACGCACUACAGUCUCUAGAGCAGAAACAGGCAACAAGGGCCGCCAUUCUUUCUGUUUUUCAUGCCAACUUCUGGCCUUAAUUACUUAAUUAGCCCUAAUAUUUAUGCCAUCUGAUAUUAUAGCUACAUAUCUUGAUAAGCGCAGACUGUCCCUACAUGAAACAUUUUAAUGUGAUAUAAUCUACGAAUGAACCAGUGUUGGUUUACAUAGUCCAUUAGCUCAUUUAGCCAGUGUGAUUGUUGGAAACAAAAACCUGCAUACAGAUCAGCCUUUCAGGAGUGGAAUUGCCACCCCCUGUUCUAGAGCUUACAGAGAAUGGUGCGAUAAACAAAUAACAUCCAGUGAGCAGCAGUUCUAUGGGCAAACACACCUUGUUAAUGAGAGAGGUCGGAGAAGAAUGGACAGACUCGCUCAAGCUAAUGGAAAGUAAAAAAAAAUGCUCAAAUAACAGCUGUUUAUAACAGUGGUGUGCAGAAGGGCAUCUCUAAAUGUACAAUGCGUCAACUCUUGAAGUGGGUGUGUUACAUCAACAGAAAACCAUGCCAAGUUCCAUUCCUGUCAGUUAAGAACAGGAAGAUGAGGAUACAGAGGGCACAUGAUCUCCAAAACUGGAUGAUUGAAGAUUGGGAAAAUGUCACCUGGUCUGUUGAAUCUUGAUUUUUACCACGACAUCCAGAUAUAGGGUUAGUAUGUGGCGUAAACAGCAUGAAUCCAUGGAUCCAUCCUGCUUCAUGUCAACAGUACAGGCUGGGAUUGGACUUGUUAUAAAUGUUUUAUGUGCUUAAUAACCUUAGUUUUUUUUCAAAUCCAGGAACAAAUUUAGACUCAAAUAUGAAUCAUUUAUUAUUGUGCUAGAAUGUUAUUUCUUUCUCUGCCAUUUUAAAUAUGAUGCUAUUCCUUGCUGAGAGCUCUUUCGCUAUCUUUACUUGCAGCACGUUUCCAUGUCAAAAAUCUCUUAAGCAAUCACUUUUCAGUGCCCUCUCAUUUCAGAAAUUCAGGAUUAUAAACUGAGACUUCAGCAAGCUCAUCCACCACCAGUAAUUGAGCAAUUUCGCUGCUUUAACUUCAAAUAUGUUUCUAUGGCAACUGGUUAUACCUAAAUUGGUGUUAGAGAUAUAUUCACCUCUGCCUAGUUGCACUCUACACACCACACUGUAGGUACAGUAGGCUACUUGGAGCUGCAGCACUACUGACUGUCAACUGAAGUCGAGCCUAUAAUGAGCUAUAUCAUUAUUUUGCAUUCCUGUGGUGAGGUUUGGAAAAUUAUUAAAAACCGUGUACAUUUUUUUCCAGUUAUACCUUACAAAAUAAAGAUUACAAAACCGCUUAUCUAUAGAUAAGGUUGUCUGAAUCUUUCGAAGUAGGCUAGUGAUGAAUGACUGGCACCUAGCAACCCGUCUCUGUAGUAAUGAACUUUCUUAUUGCGUUCUUAAUUGUGCGCAUACAUAGGCAUACAGGUCUGCACAAUUCCAAAGCCUUUUUUCUCUGCGUCGUUCGGCUAUUGACGCAGGUUAUUCGUUGUGCAUGACCUGUCCCUGAACAUACGUUGCUCUGUGUAGGCGACAGCCUACACGAACUUGUUCAGAAAUACCGGUAAGUAAUGUGUGGUGUUAUAAAUGCAUUUCUGUUGAAUUGUAGAAAAACAGAAAAAGUUGUAAACAUGUCGAUGUUAGCGAUAUCAUCAGUUUUUUUUUUGUUGUUGUUUUUUUUUUUUUUUGCCUAUGUGUGUUCGCUUCUGUUUCCCCCAGAAAAAAAGUUUGUAUUGUUUCCAAAGCCCGAAGCUUCAGCCCCCACCGGGCCGAGGAAGGAGGCGACCUCCAGCUCAGAGCACCUGUCGAAACUGGGGGCGUGCCUACUGUCACAGCGGGCGUAGCUUCUCCUCACAGGUGCAGGGGGAAGGGCGGCCACUCCAGCGUCGCGCAGCCGGAACAUUCAGCGAUGUUUACUGCUCGCACAGUAAUGCUUUCGUGGGAUAAAGUGCUUCAAAAUUCUGAAGGCGACGGAGACAGAGGGACAUAAAAACUCUAGAAGGAGCAGAACAUCGCGCCUCGCCUGGCUCUUUGCUUGUUGAGCGUGUACAUCAGGACAACCGCUCCUGCGCGGUGCAAAUGUCAGCUCAAGCUCACAGUUGUGCAUCGGAACCAAACCGGAGGCGAUUUACACACAGCCCAGUUAUACUCGUCCCAGUUUGUCGUUUCCACCUUUCGCGUUUUCUCUAGAGUUUUGUCUUUUGGGACUGACUUGUGAGCUUGCCCCCGACCAAAGGAUAAUCGUGCGGAAAUAACGGAAUUGUUUUGGAGGAUUGUACUUCUGAGGCAACAGGACGGGCGGGCACACAGACUGCAUGUCGGGCGAUGGAGAUGCUGACUUCUGGGAAACUUAGCGCCUUGCUGUCAUUGCUGAUGAUUUGGGCUUUUACAGGUGAUUCCCAAAGAGUGGAGAUUCCACGCAAGGACAUGGAGGUGAUCGAGGGACAGACGGUGGUUCUGCAAGCCUGGUACACCCCCACCUCUGAAAUUUCAAAGAACACCGUCAUCUGGAACUUCAUGGCCAACGACUCCACGCAGGUGAUAUCGUACUCCUCGGGCCAGAUCGGGAUCGGCAGCCCCGAGUUCCGGAAGCGCGUGGGCUUCUCGCUCACCAUGCCCUCCACCAACCUGUCCAUCUUCAUCAACCACACGCAGGAGGCCGACUCGGGCCGCUACCUGUGCAACGUCAUCAUCCCCGGGGCGCCGGGCCUGUCCGGGGAGCUCCGCCUCAGCGUUAAGGUGCCGCCGUCGGUCCCCGUGUGCGAGAUGACGGGACAGCCGGUCCUCAGGGGGAACGUCACGCUCAGCUGCCGGUCCAGCGCCGGCAAACCCGUCCCUCAGUACAAGUGGACCAAGAGCGCGCCCCUGUCUGAGGUGUUCUUCUCCCCCAUGCAGAAGUGGAGAGUCUGUCCUCAGCCCCUAAUUGUUCUGGGGUAUUUGGAUGAGAAGCUGGGCACCUUGCGGCUGAGUAACCUCACUAAGAACAUGUCGGGGAAGUACGUGUGCAGGGCCAGCAACACAGCCGGCUCGGAGAGCUGCUUCAUCAACCUGGAAGUCUCUGCGUCGAUCAACGCGGGCGUGAUCGCCGGUGCCACGGUGGGGUCUGUGGUGGGCUUCGUGGCCAUCGUGCUAUUCCUCGUCUUCAUCCUGAGGAGGAAGAAGGACACGGAGGAGGACAUGUCCAACGACAUCAAAGAGGAUGCUCAGGCUCCCAAACGAGUAUCGUGGGCAAAGGGCGGCACGGGCUCCGACAUUGUCUCCAAAAACGGCACGCUGUCAUCCAUCGCCACCAGCCCGCCCCCACAGGAUCUCCAACGACACCAUCACCAGAACCACCAUCAGCACAACCGACUUCCCCACGCACCGGUCUCUGACCGCCUCAAUCACCUACGGCAACCGGGCAGCAGUGAGCGGCCACGCCUAUCCCAGGUCCGGCCAGGGGAGCAGAACCCCCUGCAGGGCCUCCCCGGGUACCACGCCCCGGGCUCCACGUCCCGGGGGUCCCUGAGCCCCAGCAGCAGCUCUCUGCACAGAACUGAGGGGCCCCAGGCCCAGCCCCCGGCCCAUCGCCCCGCCCCCGUCCCCGUCGGCGUCACCGCGUCCAAUCUCUCCCGCAUGGGGGCGGUGCCUGUCAUGGUGCCCGCCCAGAACCAGGCGGGCUCUCUGGUGUAGAGCACCGGUAAACCUAUCCGGUAAACUAACUGUACAGAACCAAAACACUGAAGGACAUAACAAAAAAAACAUUUUAAGAAUUUUUCAUGCUGACCGGAAUAUUAAAAAAAAUUAUUGAGUGAAUAAAACCAGAAGUACACUCUUAAAGUUCCGUAAGACCAUAAAGCAAUGUCACAAUUAUGUCAUUUACUUUACUGAAGAAUAUACAAAAUUAUAUGGUUUGUAUAGUUUGCUUUUUUAAUAUAUUCAAGAUAUACUAAAAUGUAUAAAUAUUUAAUACUGUUCUGCAGUAUCUUUUUACAAAAUGUAUCAUUUUUGUUGUUGUUUUUUUUACAAGCUGAAUUCCAGUGCUGGUUUUAUAAACUACUGGAGUGGCUCAUAUAGGGUUGAGAAAGGAAUGCCUUUUACUGAUCAACACUGCAGCAUACAAUGUCCUCACCUCUGAACCAUCUCAUUCAAAUCAUUUUUUGGUCCUUGUUAAAAUUUGGGUUCGGUCAUUACUAAAAUGAGGAAAAAAUAUAGCGUAAGAAACGGAGAAGCUACCAUUUGUUCAGUUCCAUUUCUGUGAGUCAGUGUACAGGACAAGUGGCAUUGGUGUUAGAACCUGUUCUGAAACUACUCUGUCCCAAUAGUUUCUGAAGACUGAGCAAGAUGCUGAAACGAAACGAAAGUUUGAUUCUCACUCUCAGGUUUAAUUGGCCAUGUUCUGUUCCAGAUUAUUUGUAUGUAGCCUAGACGACUCUCCACCAAGGGUUAGCGUGACGCUGAUGAACGCUAAAUAUGGUGUCGUUUUAUUGGGAAAGAGUGAUUUUUAAAUGAGAAAAUGCCACUUGAAACUCGAAGCUGGUGCCCACAUUCUAGCCCCCGACCUCUCAUCACAACAGAGCUGCUGCUCAAAUCUUGAGCUGUUAAAAAUUAAUCAGGUGGUGUAUUUGAUAUUUUUAUAAGUUCAACAUUAACAGUAUGAGUUUCGUGUAGCUAAGGACAACACCUCGUGGGUGUGUUUGUGUAGGAGCCUCAGUCACAGCACAUGCGGGGGACGCGCUGGUUUUUUCUCUGCCGAAAACCUGAAGGAGGGAGGGCGUGUGCGUCACACGAGUCUCAAACGCUCGCUAAUUAGACCGCGAUCAGAUACACGUCACAUUUCACUUCCUCCAAGCCCGGCCAUGCCAAAGGAGAUCAAGCUCGCCAGAGCUCACCACUCUUUUCUCUGCUUGGUUGCCGGAGAUUUGGAGACUGACAGUAUGAAAAAUCGUAUAUUCAGCUAUUCGCCUUGGUUUAAUAAUAUGGCAAAUGUAACUGAAAUAUCUUCUUUUUCUUUUUUUUAACCAAAUUUUAUUUAGCUACUAAACUUUUAGGAACACUGACAUCAUUGUGUAUUCAGAUAUAGUACAUGCUGCAUGGCUAUAGCCACACUAUGCAUAUGCUGCCUAUUUAUGGAUAUACUGUGUACUGCAUAUUUCUUUCAGCAUAAAUGAGUUACUGGUACAUGCUACAUAAUAUAGAUCACAGAAGAUAUAAGUCAAUAAUUAGCUUAUAUACUUUGUUAGCAAACCCAAUAAUUGCACUUUUAAAGAGAGUAUUAUUUAUCCAUGUUAAAUAUAUUAUUUUUUACAGGUAAAACAAAUGCCUUUUAUGUCCCAUACAAGACAGGAGUGCCAGAGGACAUUCUGGCUUAAUCAGAUGACCAUUGGGUUCCCGUUUUAAAAUGAACCAGAGCUCCAUGCAGUUUUGUUUUUUCACUGUCCCAGCUAGCGUAGUCAAGUUUGAAACCAUUAUAGAAUAUAGAAUAAAGAGAAGGAUUUGGAGAAACAUCUCUAACUUACAGCACGUAAAGUUUUCUGAGCAGGCCAGUUUGAUAAAUUUACACUGUGCCCUAAUAUUAAGAAGGUGUAGAGUUUUUCACAUUUCCUGCGAUAUUCCACAUUGAUUAUUAUUAUGAUUCAGUCCCAUUUUUUGUUCCCUUAUAAUAGGGAUACAAAUAAUAUCCUGUAAGUCUGUCUGGUUUCUGUCAGGACAUUUCCAUUUGAUUGCAGGAUUUUAGAGUUAACCGGGGCAGAUUUCUGGAGAGAUGAGAAAAGUCCACAGCCUGUUUUUAUGUUGUGGCUAAUGAAGCCAUUUCAUCUUCAGAUAGCUGCAUAAAUGCUAAAUAAUUUUUCUCCUGUGUAAUACCAGAGAAUAUCAAAACAGAAUGCCCCUAGCUUUGUUAAAAUGCGUAAUGAACGUUGCAAGUUAGGCAGGUCUCUUCUGUCAAUACUAGAUACCUUAAUGAAAAUUGGGAAUAUUUUCUUGUGUAUUUUUAAGUUGUACUCUGCGUGUAUGUGGGUUAUUGGGUAGAAAAAAAAAAUCAAGAAAAUAUUUCCCUGUUUCUUUGAAAUGUAGGGGAAUUUUCUUUUUGAAAUCAUAAGAUAUUAAUGUUUAAUGCUGGGAGAUCUGAAUUGACCCAUUUCUGUAAACAAGUACCAUUUUAACUAUGACGUUAUCAACAGUUAAUGCCUUUUUAAACUUACUAUUCCUGGAUAUACGAAAAUGUCCUGCCAACAUCAUGUGAUUAUUAUUGAUGUCCUGAUACCGCUGACGUGAUCACAUGCAGUGGCUACAUACUUUUAUGUUUAUGGCAUUUGAAGAAGGUUUGGUGAUACUUUGUAUGUUGUUUUUGUAUUGCCAUUAUUAUAAUUAUUCAAUAAAAUGUAUUGUAAAUAUUA